AGGAAGAACUGAACCCCCUACACGCGGUUACAUCGCUCCAUCGCACCGUCCUUAGGCAGCGAAACACAGCGAAACAUUGCUUUACGCAGGGUUCUGUGGACAGCAAGUCACCGGUCCGGUAUCUUUGCUGCAUGCAUGGGGAGAAUUUCAUAUCAGAGCCUUUCAAAAGGGCACCUAAACAGUCAACAGGAAACACACCAGCUUUGUUUUAUCCUCUGAAUAAUUCAGCAGUAUGGAUUAAUGGACAGUGGAAACGAUUACAUCCCCGUAGUUACCCUGCAGACCUGGACUCAGGUAUUGUGAUUUACAACUGUUGAACAACAGGACACAGGACCAAAUUGGAACAUGGAAACAAACUCGCGAAAAUUUUCCGUCCGGAGAUGGUUUUCUGUAUACCUUCAUAAGAAAUCACGAUCCAAAAACUCUAGUCUCUGCAAAUUAGAGGACGACAGUAUCCUGAAGGAGAUUGAUAUCUCCUGCCAUAUCAGAGAAGGAUGUGAGAAGGCUGAUCCUUCUCAGUUUGCACUGCUCAAGGUGUUGGGGCAGGGCUCCUAUGGAAAGGUGUUUCUUGUGAGGAAGAUCAGGGGCUUGGACACAGGGCAGCUGUAUGCCAUGAAGGUAUUGAAGAAGGCCACUCUGAAAGUUCGGGAUCGAUUGCGUUCCAAAAUGGAGAGGGACAUCCUGGCAGAAGUCAACCACCCUUUUAUAGUCAAACUGCAUUAUGCAUUCCAGACGGAGGGAAAGCUGUAUCUAAUCUUGGACUUCCUGAGAGGAGGAGACCUCUUCACACGCCUAUCUAAAGAGGUAAUGUUCACAGAGAAGGAUGUUAAGUUUUACCUGGCUGAGCUGGCUCUUGCCCUGGACCACCUUCACAGCCUGGGAAUCAUCUACAGAGACCUCAAACCAGAGAACAUUCUUCUAGAUGAGGAAGGUCAUAUAAAAAUAACAGAUUUUGGUCUGAGUAAGGAGGCCAUACAGCAUGACAAAAUAACCUAUUCAUUCUGUGGUACCAUUGAAUACAUGGCUCCAGAGGUGGUCAACAGGCGAGGACACACCCAGAGUGCUGACUGGUGGUCAUUUGGUGUAUUAAUGUUUGAGAUGUUGACAGGGUCACUACCUUUCCAGGGGAAGGACCGUAAAGAGACAAUGGCUCUGAUUCUGAAGGCAAAGUUGGGCAUGCCUCAGUUCCUCAGCCCUGAGGUACAGAGUUUAUUACGAGCACUGUUUAAAAGAAAUCCUACCAACAGAUUAGGAGCUGGACCGGAUGGGGUAGAGGAGAUCAAGAGACAUGAUUUCUUUAGACCUGUAGACUGGAAUAAGCUAUACAGGAGAGAAAUUAAGCCUCCAUUCAAACCAGCUGUAGGACGGCCUGAGGACACGUUCCACUUUGAUCCUGAGUUCACUUCUCAAACUCCCACAGACUCCCCAGGAAGCCCCCCCAGUGCAAACACCCACCAGCUCUUCAGGGGUUUCAGUUUUGUUGCCACCAGUCUGGGACAGGAACAGUCCAUUGCCGGAUUUCGACCAAACAUCGUCAACCCCAUUGUACAGCAACUCCAUGGCAACAACAUCCAUUUCAAAGAUUCAUAUGAGAUCAAGGAGGAACUUGGUUUGGGGGCAUUCUCUAUCUGCAAGCGUUGCGUCCACAAGAUCACCAGUGUGGAAUAUGCUGUUAAGAUCAUAGACAGAGCUAAGAAAGAUCCAUCGGAGGAGAUUGAAAUCAUGCUGAGAUACGGGCAGCAUCCCAACAUCAUUACACUAAAGGAUGUAUAUGAUGAGGGGAAGUAUGUGUACCUGGUGAUGGAGCUGAUGAGAGGCGGAGAGCUGCUGGACAGGAUAUUACAUCACAAGUGUUUCUCUGAGAGAGAGGCUUCUGUAGUGCUAUGCACCAUCACCAAAACUGUGGAGUUCCUCCACUCACAGGGGGUGGUUCACAGGGACCUGAAGCCUAGUAACAUCCUGUAUGUUGAUGAGACUGGAGACCCAGAAUGCAUCAGGAUCUGUGAUUUUAGUUUUGCAAAGCAGCUGCGGGCUGAGAACGGUCUGUUGAUGACUCCUUGCUACACCGCAAAUGUUGUGGCUCCAGAGGUGUUAAAGAAACAGGGCUAUGAUGCAGCUUGUGACAUCUGGAGUCUGGGGAUUCUUCUGUACACAAUGCUAGCAGGAUUCACGCCAUUCGCCAAUGGGCCUAAUGACACACCAGAGGAAGUCUUGGCUCGCAUUGGCAGUGGUAAGUAUGUCCUUACCGGAGGCAACUGGGGCACAGUGUCGGAUGCUGCCAAAGACAUUGUGACCAAAAUGCUCCACGUGGAUCCCCACCAAAGACUGAUGGCCUCUCAGGUGCUCAGACAUGCAUGGGUAGUGGAAAGAGAUCAGCUGUCCCAAACCCAACUGCAGCCACAGGAUGCACACCUGGUGAAGGGUGCAAUGGCUGCUACAUACUCAGCUCUGAACGGCUUCCUCCAGACCCCCAAGCUAGAGCCUGUCCUCUCUUCCAGUCUGGCUCAGAGAAGAGGCAUGAAGAGACUCACAUCCACCCAUCUAUAGCAGUACACCCCACUCUUAGUUCAACCACUUCUGUGAACUCAAACCCGGAUCUGUUACUUAGCAAUGUUUUAACCACUGAGCCAAUAGAGAGGCACUGUUGAAACAGCUUGAAAAGGUAGGGCAUAUUUGUGGAGAACGUCCUACAGCAGAAGUAGAGGGAACUGUAAACGGGAAUGUGGUUUCCAGGCGACAGGAGAGACAGACUUGGACACCAUGGGGAUUUUCUUUCAAAAUGACAUUAAGUUGUCAAUGCCACUGUGGAGGUGUUAUUUUCUCUUCAUCCAUAUAUGUGUUAAGCUAGAUUUAUACUACUCUGACUCCGAUACGGACAGACAGUCUAACAGAGUUGGACAGAUUCGAUUUACUCUUGAAUUUAUAGUACUCCGAAGGCUGUGGGUGCUGAAAACAAUUCACCGCCAGAACAGUAGGUGGAGCACUGUCUUUGAUCCUUACAGAAGCCUACCCCAUGACGUCUUUGUGUGUUUACCCCCUCCCACCUUUUCCUCACACACAGUGAACGAUGGCGAAUAGAACACGAAUGUUGACAGGAAAUGUUAGGUUCGGAGAUGUGAGAUUCCGGAAAUGAUGUCGUUCGGAAAUGAUGUCGUUAGUGGAUCAAUCACGGCCAAGAGGUAUCUGUAAAAUUCGUACGAGAGUCUGAAAAUCAGGAGGUGCACAACAAGCUCUCCGAGGGCUCGGAGAGGGCGUUCCACAUUGGAGAGGUCGUUCCCUGUGUCCGAAAAUUGAGUAGUAUAACUUGGGCUUUAGUCCCUCUCCUCUUGGAGAGACGCUGAGACUACCAGCACAACUCCCCUGGCUACAGUGACUAACUUCUUAACUUUACUACAAACUCACACAUUUUGUCUCAAUUAUGUUGAUAAUGGCAGAUACUGUAAUGCAAUCUCUCAGAUUCUUUCCAGGAUGCAUGUGAAAUUCUGACAUUAUUAGGUUUAGAUGUGUACAGCUUAAUCACUUUUUAAAGUCUGGCAAAUCAAUUGGCAUUCAUCAGUAUAUGUCACCUUCAUCUUGGGAAACCUGUCAAAUGUCACUAACAUGCUAUCAAAGGAAAGAGUAAAUUGUACUCAAACUGAAUAAAACAAUUUAGACUUGUUCCCAGUCUAAAUAAUCUUAAUUAACUUUCUUUUUUUUUCUUCAUUCUGUGUUUAUAUUUAACUGUACAUAAUGAUACUGUUGUCACGGCCAAGGCCGUGCCCCAUUGUUUUUGGUUUUGCCCUGCCCUAGUGUUUCCCUGUCU